AUGCUCGCCGGACAGCCUUACAACUACCACGACCCGGAGCUGCGCAAAGAGAGAGGCCAGUGCAGAGCAGCUCUUUCAAAGUUUAAGAAUACUGUAAACGCGCUUGAAGUCUUAUCCGCCAUUCUCAAGAUCAGGCCGAGACAUCACCCCCCCGAGGCAAAUGCGGCGAAUCCAAUCGGCAGCCUUGGUAACAACGUUCGGGUCAGGGCUCCUUUUGACUGCAAAUAUGGAUACAACAUUCAUAUUGGGGAUCAUGUGGAUAUUGGGGCGGGCUGCAAGAUUAUGGACAUCUGCCGCGUGGAGAUUGGUGCGGGGGCCGUGCUAGGUCAGGGUGUAGUCCUCUGCGGAAGCAACAUGAUACAAGUCCAGACCCCAAAGGGACGCCGAGGUGAAAUGGUCGGCCGACCAAUAUUUAUCGGCGAGGACGCAUUCCUGGAGUGUGAUGUGGUAAUCUAUGCGGGGGUAAGGGUGGGAGAGGGGAGUUGGAUCUUAGCAGGGACCGUUGUUCAUGAGGAUGUCGAGCCGUUCUCAGUCGUGGCGGGAAAGCCUGCAAGAUUGGUAAAGUACCUACGUUAA